AUGUAAUUCUCUCUAAUAGAUUUAAAUCGACAGACCUAUGUUGACCUUCCUUCCAUGCUUCAACUGAGUUUCCAACCCAACCAACAAUGCGCGAAUCUAAAAUUAACUCAAAUCACCUACCAAUUUAAUAAACCAAUUAACUUUUACAUUCUUCGCGAUUAUAUCCUUCAGGAUAUCAAAUUGAAAAGGAUUCAAAACCAAUUUAACAUCUAAGCUCAACACAUUAUCCCUAUUGGCGAAGACUUCUAUUUAGAAAACCAAGAACUUAUUCAUAAUCUCUUUGAACUAUUCUUGUCCUUCUUAUAUGUGGGGAAAAUACAGUACAAAAACAGAGAUUAUUUCUUGCCCUUACUCAAACUGGCCAUAUACUUCCAAUGCGAAGCUCUAAUAAACUCCCUAUUGAAUUAAGAGAAGCCAGUAGUUAUGAGAUCCUUCUUCCUCAAUUUCUUAUGCGACAUUUAUAACGAUCAAGCCCAUCUACAAACCUUCAAAUAAACGUAGAAUUCAGAAAAGUUCCUGUAAUACUUAAUCUAAGAAAAUUCCCCUAACAUCAAGAUACACAUAGAUUGGCAUAACCAUCGCAAGAAGGAUGCUUAGGAUAAGAUUAAGAAAGCAUUUGCUCAAGUUAAUCCAAAACUCUUUGAAGAAUUUGCCAUAGUCUACGCAACAAAAAGUCCAGAAGAUAUUUCUUAUUUCACCCAACUUCUAUUCUACAUUGAGCAGUAUGAGAACCCAUAGGUUCAGCUAUUGGAAGACAUCUAUAUAGGGAGAAUCUUUGAGUUGGUAGAUGAAGAAUUUUUCUCUACUUACUAGGAUUAUUUCACUAAUAGAUGCAAAGUCAAACUAGAAUAAAUAAUAAACAAAAUUAGGAAUCCGCCUUAUCAUAUGGAACACUCAUUAGUCUGUGAUUUAUUUAACAGAUCCUUCAAAGCUGGGUGUAAUCAUGAGAUAUGCUUGAAUUGCCUCUUUCAAUAUAUGAUACAUCGAUAAAAAUAUGUCACAGAAAAUCAGAAAGUCCCUCAAAAGAUUAGAUGUCUCUCAAGAUUUCUAAAUAAAGAUAUUUGCGAUUAUGUUUUUUAGAAUGAAGAUUACUUAUAAUUAAAGGAAUUCCAAAUAGAUGAUUUAUUAAAUAAAUACCUUUAAAAGAAAGAUUGA